CACGCCUCCUCCAGUCAUCUCCAGCCAUGGCUCCGAGUGAACGCUGUCUACUCCACCGACAGAGCACAAAACCGAGAGGAAAGUGUUGCUGUUAAGCCGUUCAUAAUGAAACGAGGAAGGACAGGUCUCAAAUCCAAGUGCCAGACCUUCCCCUCCCAUGAAGAGAGGGCUAAGAGACAGAAGUGGGGGGCGUCCAGCUUCGCCCUGACUCCAGUACAGGACUGGGGUAACCUGCCCCACCACAUCGUCCUGCAGAUCUUCCAGCAUCUGUCCCUCAUCGACCGGGCCAGGGCCUCGUCUGUGUGCCGCUGCUGGAAUGACGUCUUUCACACGCCUGACUUGUGGAGGAGAUUUGAAUUUGAGCUCAAUCAGUCGGCUACAUCUUACCUGCGCUCCACUCACCCUGACCUCAUUCAGCAGAUCAUCAAGAAGCACGCCCAGCACCUGCAGUACGUCAGCUUCAAGGUGGACAGCUGCACAGAAUCUGCAGAGGCGGCCUGUGACAUUCUCUCCCAGCUGGUGAACUGUACCAUUAAGACCCUGGGGCUGAUUUCCACAGCACGGCCCAGCUUCAUGGACGUGUCUCAGGCCCACUUUGUGUCUGCACUGACAGUGGUGUUUGUCAACUCCAAGUCCCUGUCCUCUAUCAAGAUUGAUGAUACGCCGGUGGACGACCCGUCCCUGAAGGUGCUGGUUGCUAACAACAGCGACACCCUCAAGCUGCUGAAGAUGAGCAGCUGUCCUCAUGUCUCCCCAGCAGGUAUCCUGUGUGUUGCAGACCAGUGCCAUGGUCUCAGGGAGCUGGCGUUGAACUACCAUCUCCUGAGCGACGAGCUCCUGCUUGCCCUGUCCUCUGAAAAACACGUUCACUUGGAGCACCUGCGCAUUGACGUGGUGAGCGAAAACCCCGGCCAGACACAUUUUCACGCAAUCAAAAGAAGCAGCUGGGAGGCUUUGGUCCGACACUCACCCAAGGUCGACAUCGUCAUGUACUUCUUCCUCUAUGAGGAGGAGUUUGAGCCCUUCUUCCGUGAGGAGACUCCCGUCACCCACCUGUACUUUGGCCGGACGGUCAGCAAAGAGAUGCUCGGCCGCAUCGGACUGAACUGCCCUCGGCUGGUGGAGCUGGUGGUGUGCGCCAACGGCCUGGAGCCCCUCGACGAGGAGCUGAUCCGCAUCGCUGAACGCUGCAAAAGCUUGACGGCCAUCGGGCUAGGCGAGUGCGAAGUGACCUGCAGUGGCUUUGUGGAGUUCGUAAAGAUGUGCGGGGGCAGGCUGACUCAGCUGUCAAUCAUGGAGGAGGUGCUGAUCCCAGACAGCAGCUACAACACGGAGCAGAUCCACAGUGAGGUGUCCAAGCACCUGGGCCGCAUGUGGUUCCCCGAUAUGAUGCCCACCUGGUAGGCUGACAUAAAGCCAGCAUGGAGGUUAAUGA